AUGAAACUAAAAAAUUCUCCAUAUAAAAAUAGAAGCUUUUUAAAUAUCGAACAAGAUGAUACUGCAAAUAUUAAUAAUUCUCCAAUUAGAAAAAGCAUCUUUGAAAAUUUUAAAGGAACGAUAACAAUUGAUCAACAACAUAAUAAUAUUGCAGAUAUUAUAAAUUCACCAAUUACAAGAAAUAUGUUUGGGAGUUUCAAAGAAGUUACAGCAACAACAAUAAAUGAUCAAGAUGCUAUAUAUAAUGAAAAUUUUCCAACUAGAAAAAAUCUUCUUGAAAGUUUCAAAAGAACCACGAUAAGUGGUGAUCAAGAAGAAGAAGAAAAAAUAUUAGAUAAAACACCUGGUACAAGUGGAUCUACAUGGAAAUUUAAUGCUCCAACUUAUGUUGACUUUCUUAAUGAUUUAACUGACGUAGAUGAUCAAGACCAAUUGUUCACAACACCAACUACUGGUGGCUCAGCAUGGAGAUUUAACGCUCAUCGAAAGAAAAUUAAUGGUAAAGAUGAUCAAUUAUUGGUCAAAACACCUGGUACAAAUGAAUCUACAUGGAAAUUUAACGCGCCAACUUAUGUUGACUUUCUUCAUGAUUUAACAGAAGUUGAAAAUAAAAAUAGCUUUGAUAUUACACCACGUAGAGUUUCUGUCAUGGAUUAUAAGGAAAAAAAUUUUACUGAACCUUGGAGUAAUUCCACAUUUAGUUCAAAAAUCAAAAACUAUCAGCUAACCCCAAUUCUCAAUAAAAACUUAUUAUCUGGAAAGAGGAAUAUACAUUCAGCAUCUGGAAAAAAGGUUACAUUUUGUUCUUCGGUAAUAGAAAAGGCAUCAAUAAAUACAAAAGCCAAAAAUAUCAAAUCUAAUAUUAAUGCAACAAGAAAUACCAGAUUUAAUAUUGGUGCAACUAAAAAAAUUACAGAUAUCAAUGUCAGAUCUAAUAUUGUUAUUCAAAGAAAACUUGUAACUGUUCCUAAAGAAUUCCAUUUCUCUAAAAGAUUUGAUCAAUUAAGACGUGUGACUGGUGAUCCCCCUCCGCCUAAAUUUUCUGGUGUCAAGUUCCAUGAUACUCAUAAUAAAUCAAGAAAGCAGGUAGCAAAAUCACCGAUUGUAUCAUUGGCUGAAAGGGUUAAAAUGUUUAUUCAGAAAACGCCCGAGAGAUUAAAAUCAAGAUUAGUAACGUUUCAUCCACUUCCUCCUUUAUCAUUUCAUCCGCCUACAAAACCAAAAUCACCAUUUUUGCAUACCAAAUUAAGAUCAAACAAGGAAAAUAAAGUUAUUAGGAAGGAUAAUAAGUAUAAUAAUAAAAACAUCAUCGAUAACAAUAAAAUUCAAAGAAACCAACUAAUUAUCUCGAAAGCAAAAAGUACUAUUUAUGCGCCAAAGAAAUCCAAUAAACCAUUGACAAAACCUAUUGGGUUCAAAUUUAAGACAGAGACACGUAUCAAAGAACGUAAAUUAUUUAAUGAGGAAAGAAAGAAACAUGGUCAACCUGAGAUCCAUAUUAAAAAGAUGAAGGUAAACGAUAUUAAUCAACAAGAAAUAUGUUUUUUACAAAAAACGACAACAAUUCAAAAACCCAUGCAUUUUGGAAAGAAUCUGCCAACUGGAAUUAAAACGCAACCGAGGAGAUUGGCUAAAAAAAAUUCACCAAUGAUUGGAGAAAAACGACGUCUUAAUAUGUUGCCAAACGAUCGAUUUAAAAUUAAAAAGAUUUUGAAGCGGGGAAGGUAG